CAACCCGCUGUCUAUAAUUGUAAAUCAGUCCAGAUAUGCUAAUACAUGUAGAAUUAAUAUCAUUAUCAUUUCAAGCUGCCUGAAAGCAUCAAAUCGUCCGUUUGGGCUGUUGUUUAACAAAGGAUCGAACAGAAAAGCUUGGUCUUCUUUCUCCAGUAAAGCAUGACUACUACAGCUAAGGGAAAGGGUUCAUCCGUUGUGAAAGAAGUCGUAGACACGAUCAACGGGUUAGGAAUAUUUCCAAAUGAUCAUAAGUUCCUUUGCCGCAUAGCAUGGGUGGAAUCAAAAUAUGGUGAAGACCCUGGUACAUAUAGACGUGGCUACCAUGGAGGUAUUUGGCAGGUGGACGAGAUUGGAUAUCGAGAGACUGUUAUUCAGAAAGGUCUGAAGAAAUAUUGGGACAAAAUCGAAGCCGAGCUUGAUAUCGACUGGACCAGUACAAGUUGGGCAGAUUUGGAAAAACCGCUGUACUCUGGAUUGGCUGCUAGGCUCUUCCUCGCCAGGCUUUCCGCACCUAUUCCAAGGGACUUGACCGGUCAGGCUCAGUACUGGAAGACUCACUACAAUACAGAAGCUGCCACUAGUAGUGGAACCGUACAGAAGUUUAUUGAUGAUGUUAAACACGCCAAAGGUUGCGCUGUGUAAAAUAGAUGACGAAUCUGUUCAAUAAAAGACCAUAAAAAUUACCA